GGUGGGCUGUUGGCGGCUUUAAGGGAGGGCGAGCGGCGGAAGAGACAGCCUGGGGCCGGUCAUGGCGCUGAGGCCUGACCCAGGGGAAGAUGAAUAAGGGCUGGCUGGAGCUGGAGAGCGACCCUGGGCUCUUCACUCUUCUAGUAGAGGAUUUUGGUGUUAAAGGGGUGCAAGUUGAAGAAAUCUAUGAUCUACAGAGCAAAUGCCAAGGGCCAGUCUAUGGGUUCAUCUUCCUCUUCAAAUGGAUUGAGGAGCGCAGGUCCCGACGGAAGGUCUCUACACUGGUAGAUGAGACAUCUGUGAUUGAUGAUGACAUUGUUAAUAACAUGUUCUUUGCUCAUCAGCUGAUUCCCAAUUCUUGUGCCACACAUGCCUUGUUGAGUGUCCUCUUGAACUGCAGCAAUGUGGAUCUGGGGCCAACCCUGAGCCGAAUGAAGGAGUUCACUAAAGGGUUUAGUCCGGAGAGCAAAGGCUAUGCUAUUGGAAAUGCCCCAGAGCUGGCCAAAGCCCAUAACAGUCAUGCUAGGCCAGAGCCCCGGCAUUUGCCAGAAAAACAGAAUGGGAUCAGUGCUGUACGGACCAUGGAGGCGUUUCACUUUGUCAGCUACGUUCCCAUCAAGGGACGGCUCUUUGAACUGGAUGGCCUGAAAGUUUAUCCCAUUGACCAUGGGCCUUGGGCGGAAGAUGAAGAAUGGACAGACAAAGCCAGGAGAGUUAUCAUGGAGAGGAUUGGACUUGCUACAGCAGGGGAACCAUAUCAUGACAUCCGUUUCAACUUGAUGGCAGUGGUUCCUGACAGGAGGGUGAAAUAUGAAUCCAAGCUGCAGAUCUUGAAGAUGAACAGGCAGACUGUAUUAGAGGCCUUGCAGCAGCUAAUCCGAGUGACUCAACCAGAGCUUGUCCAUACCCAGAAGUCCCAGGAGUCCCAGGCGUCUGAGGAGUCCAAGUCAGCCACCAAGACCCCUGCUGCACUGGAACAAGGGAGAGCUCAACUGGCCCCCGAGAGCUCACAGGCAGAGGGUGCUGAGGAGUCUACGGGUCAAGAUCAGCCUGCCUCAGCCCAGAACCCGCCAAGCAAAUCCAAGUUGGGCAAUAAGCCACCUGUGAGCAGUAUAAAUGGAGCACUGGCAAACCCCAGCCCCAUUGUACAGAGGCUGCCAGCCUUCCUGGAUAACCACAACUAUGCCAAGUCACCCAUGCAGGAAGAGGAGGACCUUGCAGCAGGAGUGGGCCGUAGCCGGGUUCCUGUCCGGCAGCACCAGCAAUAUUCUGACGAUGAGGAUGACUACGAUGAUGACGAUGAAGAGGAGGUUUGCAGUACCAAUCCUGCCAUGAGAUUCAAGAGGAAGGGACAGGUGAAGCAGGAGAACCUGAUUGGGACUGCAGAUAGCCAGCUCUCCGUGCUCCAGCCCAACACUAUCAAUGUCCUGACAGAGAAGCUCAAGGAGACGCAGAAGGACCUCUCCAUUCCUCUGUCCAUCAAGACCAGCAGUGGAGGCGCUGCAGUUGCUGUUGUUGCCCAUUCCCAGCCGUCUCCUACACCUAGCAACGAGAGCACGGACACUGCCUCUGAGAUUGGGAGUGCCUUCAAUUCCCCGCUCCGGUCCCCCAUCCGGUCAGCCAACCCCACUCGCCCCUCCAGUCCCGUCACCUCCCACAUUUCCAAGGUGCUAUUUGGGGAGGAGGACAGCUUGUUGCGUGUGGACUGCAUGCGCUACAACCGGGCUGUGAGGGACUUGGGUCCUAUCAUCAGCACGGGCUUGCUACACCUCACAGAGGACGGGGUGUUCUGCCCACUUACAAUCACAGAUAGUGGGAAAAACUCAGCUCCUUUGAGCAAAUCAAGUGAAGAGGUUCAGACCAUAGUCAAAUUAGAAGAGAGAGACUCAAGUGAACCAAGUGACAGCAAGGAGAAAGCGGGACAUAGCCGGUCGAGUGAUCCUUCAUGUGGGGAAAAGUAUUCUCCGAAAGAGCUGCUGGCACUGCUGAAAUGCGUGGAAGCUGAAAUUGCGAACUAUGAAGCCUUUUUAAAAGAGGAGGUAGAGAAAAGAAAGAAAUUCAAGAUUGAUGACCAGAGAAGAACUCACAAUUAUGAUGAAUUCAUUUGCACCUUUAUCUCCAUGUUGGCACAAGAAGGAAUGCUGGCUAGCCUUGUAGAGCAAAACAUCUCUGUCCGUAGGCGGCAAGGAGUCAGCAUUGGGCGUCUCCACAAGCAGCGGAAGCCAGAUCGGCGGAAACGUUCCCGGCCGUACAAAGCCAAGCGUCAAUAGCAUCAGCCUUUGAACAGUACUCUUGUGUGCGCUGCUUGCUGCUGUUGAUCAUGCGGUGCAAAUUUCAGGCAUUUCUGUGCCGGUGCUGAGGAGUGGGGCUCUGCAGUGGACUCCUCUGCUCAGACCAUCAGUGUUAGUGUAACGUUACACAUGAAUCCAUUGCACUCAGCUG